AUGCGGUCUACGCUGCUGCUAGCAGGCGCUUUUUGCGGCCUGUCCGCUGCGAACCCCCACCCAUGGAUGUAUGGUGUUCCUCGAUAUCCCGAUAUGGAUAUGGACCAAGUCAUGACACAGGCCGAUGUCGAAACAAUGAUGGCGUUGGAUGCGAGCGGUAAUUCGUCGUCGCAGUCAGGAGGUGCUUCAAACUCCGCAGGCCCGUCGUCAACACCAUCAGGACAGGAGCCAUGUGCGGUCGUUGAGCGUGUCAUUGCUUCAUUACCCGCUGGAUCCCGACCAGUCAUCCCUGCAGAGCUUGGAGUACAAUGUCUCCAAUCGGUUCCCCUUGACAAGGAAGGAAACAUCAAGCUAAUCGACGAACUCAAGGUCAUGACAAAAUGGCAAUCAAACAUUGCCUACUUGAAGGAUCCACCAAUGACAUACACUGAAAAGCCCAUCGAUAUCAUGGGCCAACUAGACAGCAUGCAGAGCAAACUCAGUGCUAAUGGGUACAAGACCGAGUACGAAUUUCAGCUGGAGAUGAUGAUGCUAUUCCAAAGAGCAUACGACAACCACUUUGCCUAUCAGCCCGAUAUUCUGGCCUCGGUCAUGCAGUUCCAAAGGCCACCUGGCUCGGAGCUAGUAUCUGUCUCGUCUGACGGUCAGGCCCUACCUGAGGUCUUCUCGUACAGGGAUGUUGUCAAAGCAAACACUGGUGCUUCUUUUACGCCAUCGGCUAUCAAGAAGAUUAACGGUAUGGAUACGCAAGAGUUCCUCAAAAAUGCAUCUGCAGACUCGGACUUUCACGAUGCCGACACUCGAUGGAAUGCAUUGUUCCCAUCACAGGCUCUGCUCGCUUCUGGUACUACUUUCCUCGGUUCUUUCCGUACCGGUGGGUACCAGGGCCCUAACACUACUCUCGAGUUCGCCAAUGGCACUACCUGGUCCCAAAUGAACGUCGCGGUUGUCUUGGGCAACUUCACCGGCGUGAACAGUGGCAAAGCAUUCUUUCAACGUUUCUGCACCGGACCCAAGUCUAUCCCUGCCGCUGCCGCUCCCGCCCCGGCGCCUUCAACCUCGACGAAGCCUUCGAAGCCCGCUCCCGCUCCCCAACCUUCGCAUAUUGGGUACCCAAAGGCUGAGAUAAUCAACAAAGACCUCGCUGUAGGAGGAUACUUCCUGAAUGGGUCGGGGUACAAGGAUGUCGCUGUGCUCAGCAUCCCCUCAUACCUAUCUGCAGACCCGCAAAGUUUCCAAAACACCAUGCGAGACUUCAUCCGCAUGUGUACCAAAAUGGGCAAAACAAAGAUGAUUUUUGACCUGCGCGGCAACGGCGGAGGCAAUGCAAUCCUGGGCUACGACACAUUCAAGCAAGUCUAUCCAAUGUCCGUUGCGGAGCCCUAUGGUGGAACGCGAUUCCGCGCCAACGAUGCGCUCAAAGCCGCUGGAAACCUGACUUCGCUUUUUGUCGCAAAGAAGACGUAUGCGCAGUCGAACAAAACAGCUUUUAUCGAAGCGUUCGGCAACGGAACCGACGAAAGCGACAUCUUCGCCCUCUCGUCAUCGUUCAACUACCAGCACAUCCUCGAUGUAAACAACCAAGACUACGGCAGCUGGGACAAGCUGUUUGGCCCUGCGCAAGCCAACAGCGACCAGUUCACCAACGUGCUGCGCUACAACUUCAGCGACAGCGUCAGCACCACGUACGAGGGCUUCAGCCUCAUUGGGUACAACCAAAACGCCAACGAGACAAAGACGCCCCAGCCCUUCCGCGCACAAGACAUGGUCAUGCUGCACGACGGCAUGUGCUCGUCCACCUGCGCCAUUGCCUCUGAGCUGCUCAAGAACCAGGGCGAAGUCCGCACAAUCGCCAUUGGGGGCCGCCCCCAGACCGGCCCCAUGCAGGGCGUCGGCGGCACAAAGGGCGCCCAGGUCUUCUCGUGGGACGACAUAUCGAUCCGCAUGCAAGUGCUCUAUCUGCUGGGGUCGCCCGAGCAGCGCAAGGAAUGGGAUACCAUGGAUCUGGGCAAGACGGCGAACAUCCAGCAGUUGUUCAAGCGCUCCGCGUACAACGCCGGCACCGUCGCUGGCGGCGUCAAUCUCAAGGAUAACCUGAGGCUAAACGACAAGUCCGGUGUGCCGCUCGAAUUCAUGUACGAGGCGGCCGACUGCAGGAUGUGGUUUACAUCCAAGAUGAUUAGCGAUGUCACCGAGGUGUGGAAGGGCGUGGCAGAUCGCAUGUUUGGUGGAAAUAGCACUGCUGCGUGUGUCAAGGAUAGUACCAUGGCGCCGACAAGUGUGUCGGGAGGCGGCCAGUUGCUGGGUGGUGAUGGGGCUAUGACGUCCAAGAGUCCCAGCCAGUUCACGAGCAAGGGAAUGGGAAUGGGAAUGCAAAAUGGUACAAGUACAGAACAAGGUACAAGCACAGGUACAGGUUCAGGCACAGGUUCAGGUUCGGGCACAGGUUCAGGUACAGGUACAGGUACAAGCACAGGCCCAGAGGGUGCAAGUACAAGCCAGAGUUCAAGUCCAGGCCAAGGCACAAGUGCAGACCAAGGUACAAGUGCAGGUCAGGGUACUAGUACAAGCCCAGAGGGUGCCAAAACAAGCCAGGAAGGGACAAAUGCAGGCAAAGGGGGUGCGGCUGCAGCCAACGCGCCGGCCGGGGACAAGACUCCUAGUGGGGCGGAGAAAGUGGAAGCACGAGCCUGGAUCUGGAGUGUCGUGACGGCCACGCUGAUUGUGGUUGCUGUCUAA